CGUGUGAUCUCCCAAUCCCGUAAAAUCUCUCAAGUAGGUGGGAGUAGCGCGGUAUGGUGGAGUCUGUCCUCGGUGCAAGUCAUGCCCGAGUCCUUGAUCCCACGAAUCAAUCCGGAUUCUAGGAACUUCGGGCCGCCUUAGCGAUAGCGCUCGCAGCGCUUAACACACAGACAGCAGGCGAUACAUAUAAGGAAAUGGCGUUGGUCGCUUCAAUAAGACUCUAUGGUUCUGUACUCUAUUCUUGUUCAAGAUGGUGCAAUUCGAGUUUGAUCCAAGCAUCAAGGAUGCACUUCCCACAGAUUUCCAGUGGGGUUACGCGACAGCAGCCCCGCAGAUUGAAGGCUCUUGGAAUAAGGACGGAAAGGGGCUAUCAAUUUGGGACAAAUUUGGUCACACGCCUGGUAAAGUAAAGGAUGGCAGUAACGCUGAUGAUACCGCACGAUCGUACGACUUUUACAAGCAAGAUGUGGCGCGUAUGAAGCAGUAUGGUGUAACUGGUUACCGUUUCUCUCUUUCGUGGUCUAGAAUCAUUCCACUGGGAGGCAAAGAUGACCCUGUCAACGAACAAGGAAUUGAGUUCUACAACAAACUGGUCGACGAGCUCAUUGCGAACGGUAUCACGCCAUUCAUGACGUUGUUCCACUGGGACACGCCGCAAGCGCUGGAGGACCGGUACGGCGGUAUGUUGAACAAGGAGAAGUACAUCCCGGACUUUAACAGAUAUGCACGAGUAUGCUUUGAGCGUUUUGGCGACCGCGUCAAGCACUGGAUCACCUACAACGAGCCUGGUGUCUAUACGCUGGCCGGUUAUGCCGCCGGUGUACACGCACCCGCGCGGUCCAGCUUCCGGGAACUGAACGAGGAAGGUGACUCUAGCACGGAGCCUUUCAUCGUUGCGCACACGGAACUGCUGUCGCAUGCGUAUGUGGCCAAGAUCUACAGGGAAGAAUUCAAGCCAUCACAAAAGGGCAUCAUAAUGAUCACACUCCACGGGAAUUGGAAUGAGCCAUGGGAUGAAAACGACCCGAAGGAUGUCGAGGCGGCACAGCGUGCUCAGGAGUUUGAGAUCGCCUGGUUUGCUGAUCCCCUCUAUAAGACGGGUGACUAUCCCGCUUCCAUGCGCGCACAGCUAGGCGAUAGACUACCCAAGUUCACGCCUGAGGAAAGCAAGCUUGUCUUGGGCAGCUCCGAGGCGUACGGCAUGAACUCAUACACAGCAUUCUACGUCAAGCACCGGGAUACGGAGCCCGACAUCAACGAUCACAAGGGCAAUGUUGAGGUCUUCGACACAAACAAGGAGGGCGUCUCAAGGGGCACAGAGAGUGAUACGCCCUGGCUAAGGACGUCGCCCUGGGGUUGGGGGAAAUUGUUGCGAUGGAUUUGGGAUCGCUACCAGACACCAAUCUACAUCACGGAGAAUGGAACAACAGCACAGGGCGAACAUAAUUUCAAGCCUACGGGACCGGAUGAUGUUCUUGAAGAUCCUCAUCGUAUUGACUUCUUUAAGAGCUAUCUGACGGAAGUCGCGAAGGCGUCUCAGCAGGGAGUAGUCAUCAAGUCCUACUUUGGCUGGACUUUCACAGAUAACUGGGAAUGGGCCGCUGGUUUCGGUGACCGCUUUGGUGUGACUUGGGUCGACUUCAAUGACCCUGAGAAGCCCAGAUAUGCAAAGCGAUCUGCGUACUUCCUGAAGGGAUUUUUCGGUCAUCUCAUCAAGGAGGAUAAAUAGCUGUGUUCGUAAAGCAAGCACAAAAGUCAGCUUUGACCACGAGUCACUUGACGGCCACCUCUCUCAACCAAUUAAGAUUACUCGGGUGAUUUUCUCCAUUGAU